ACUGAGGGACUGGAAGGCUUCGCUGGGCCGCUUCUCCGUCAGUCGGUGGCCGGAGACCGGAAGCGGAACCCGCCGGGAGGGAGGGAGGGUGAGGCCGGUCCGGCGGGAAGAUGCUGCCCGCGCGGUCCUUCGGGCGGUUCCUCAAGCGGACUGCCAGUCACCGCGGCGGGGAGAAGCGCGUGCUGGUGGCCGGCCUGGGGAACUACAGCCUGCGCGGCACCCGCCACAGCGUGGGCAUGGCGGUGCUGGGGCACCUGGCGCACCGGCUGGGCGUGGGCAACCAGUGGGAGACCAACCCGCAGUGCCACGCGGACCUGGCCUUGGCCCGGCUGGGAGACGUGGAGCUGGUGCUGAUGAGGCCCCGCAGGUUCAUGAACGUCAACGGACUCUCCGUCGCCGCUGCGGUGGAACUCUACAACCUGGCAAUCGAGAACGUCUACCUGGUUCACGACGACCUGGACAAGGCCCUGGGGAAAGUGGCCCUGAAGCCGGGAGGCAGCGCCAGGGGUCACAACGGAGUCCGUUCCUGCAUCAGCUCCUUGCACUCGGAUCGCAUGGUCCGCCUGAGAGUGGGUAUCGGCCGGCCGGUGGGGGAAAUCUCCGUCGACCAUUACGUGCUGAGCCAGUUCUCCCUCGCCGAGCAAAGCCUCCUGCCGCUCGUCUACGAGAAGGCGGCCGAGACGCUCCUUGGCCACAUCCAGCAGAAUCACCAGAGCCAGGCGGACUCGGCCUCCGCCAAGAAAGCAGCCAAGGCCCCGCUCAAGGCAGAGGAGACGUAACUGUCCCUUGUGACCAGAAGAAAGCAGUCCUCUGGGGCCUUGGCUUGUCGUUUUUUAGGGACGGAGCGGGUGGCCGUUUGCAUGUGGUGAACAUGCCUGAGAUUUCUAGGGAUAAUACAAUUGGGUAGAUUGGGA